UCGGAAAUAACCUGUCACUUUCUCUUUCUCUCGGACUCUUCCUCACACGUCGGAAAAAGGAGGGUAAACGCCGUGGGUUCGACCAUGGGGAUCCAGUCUGGUCCGAUAGGUCUGCUGGUGGUGCUCCUCAUCUGCGCCCUGCCAGCGAGCGCCAACGAGGAGUCCCAGCUCAUCAGUCACUUGAUGAAGGGGUACAACAAGAACAUCCGGCCGGCACAGCACGUCGGGGACAAGGUGGAAGUGCGGGUGAAGCUCACGCUGACCAAUCUCAUAUCCCUGAAUGAGAAGGUGGAAACGCUCACAACAAACGUCUGGAUUGAGAUUACAUGGAAUGAUUACCGUCUGGCCUGGAACACCUCAGAAUACUACGGCAUUGACGUGGUUCGUGUUCCCUACAAUAUAGUGUGGCUCCCUGACAUAGUUCUGGAAAACAACAUUGAUGGUAAGUUUGACGUGGCCUACUAUGCCAACGUGCUCAUCUAUCCCGGUGGCUCCAUGUACUGGCUUCCUCCCGCCAUCUUCCGCAGUACCUGCGCCAUAGAGAUCACCUACUUCCCCUUCGACUGGCAGAAUUGCACCCUGAUCUUCAGGUCUCAGACUUACAGUGCCAAUGAAGUGGAGCUCAUGCUGGCCUUGGACUCAGAAACAAACCUCCCAAUCGAGUGGGUGGAUAUCGACCCUGCAGCCUUCACUGAGAACGGAGAGUGGGCCAUCAAACACCGGCCGGCAAGGAAACUGAUAAACUCGCGUUACUCGCCAGACGACCUGGAGUACCAGGAGGUGUACUUCAACCUGAUCAUCCAGAGGAAGCCCCUCUUCUACAUCAUCAACAUUAUCCUGCCCUGCUCCCUCAUGUCCUCCCUGGUGGUGCUUGCCUAUUUCCUGCCUGCACAGGCGGGUGGACAGAAGUUGACAGUGUCCAUCUCUGUCCUACUGGCUCAGACUGUCUUCCUCUUUCUCAUCGCUCAGAAGGUUCCAGAAACUUCCCUCUCUGUCCCUCUCAUUGGGAAGUACCUGAUCUUCGUCAUGUCUGUAACCACCCUCAUCGUCACCAACUGCAUCAUCGUGUUGAACUACUCUCUUCGCAGUCCCAGCACUCACAAGAUGUCCCGCACCAUCAAGCAUGUGUUCCUGGAGGUGGUCCCGCGCUUCCUGGGGAUGGCCGCCCUGGUGGAGGACAGCGAGGAGCAGAUCAACGGUGGGCCGCGGGCCAUAGCGGAACGCCGCCGAAGCUCCUUCCGGCUCAUCCAGCGCGCCGAGGAGUACGUGCUGAAACAACCGCGCAGCGAGAUGAUGUUUGACCUGCAGAGGGAGCGGCACGGCCUUUCCGGAGCAUUCAUGGAUGGCGCUAACGUGGGUGUGACAGCCAGUCUGUACAAGAGUCUGGCUCAAGCUGCCCCAGAGAUCAAGGAAUGUGUGGAUGCCUGCAACUUCAUUGCUGACAGAACCAGGCAGCAAAAUGACACAGGAUCUGAGAUGGAGAGCUGGGUCCUGAUUGGGAAGAUGAUUGACAAGGUGUGCUUCUGGGCAGCCAUCUUCCUCUUCUCCAUCGGGACUGUGGCCAUCUUCCUCAUGGGACACUUCAACCAGGUUCCUGAGUUCCCCUUCCCUGGGGAGGACAAGCGGUACACCCCCCCGCCCGAUUCCACAUGAUCACCAGCCAUGUGUGGCCCUGACCAUGGACUGGGAAGGGAGGAGGACAUUGUGUCCACACUCUUUUCUUCUAGAGUCACUCCUGAGUUGUCUCUCAUUAUAGUUCUUACUCCCCCUUUAUAAAGUCUUUGUACUGUAAAAUGUUAAUAAUUGUUUUACAUUUACCUGGCAGACAUAGCAAAAGUGUCUCACACAGUUUACAGUUCUUCUUCCAGUUAUAUAUCCAGCUGUGUAUUUCCAUGACAUUUCUACAUGUGUGUUCUUUGGCCAAAAAUUCAACAGCAGGACAACAGCUCUGAGCGCUGCACAGCACAUACGACAUUUACAUUUAUUUAUUCAGCAGAUGCUUUUCUCCAAAGCGACCUCCAAUGAACUC